AUGUGCCUUCGGUUUCCUCUAUAUCAUCCCCUCCACUCCUACUUUUCUCCUCUACCCUUCUCUCCCACUUUUACUCUUUUUGUCUCUUCUUCUUCUUUCUUCAUGGCUCCUCCUGCUGCCAUGGAAGAAACUGCACCAACUUUUAACCUUCUCUCCAAUAUUAAUGAUGGUAAUAAUGCUGCUUCACAGAUAUCUAGAGUCACUGUUGUUGGCAGUGGCAAUUGGGGUAGUGUUGCCGCUAAGCUCAUUGCUUCUAACACCCUCAAGCUUGCUUCUUUUCAUGAUGAAGUGAGGAUGUGGGUGUUUGAGGAGACAUUGCCAACUGGUCAGAAGCUCACCGAGGUCAUCAAUCAAACCAAUGAAAACGUAAAAUAUCUCCCUGGCAUAAAGCUUGGCAAAAACGUAGUUGCGGACCCUGACCUUGACAAUGCAGUGCGGGAUGCAAACAUGUUGGUAUUUGUGACCCCACAUCAAUUCAUGGAGGGUAUAUGCAAGAGACUUGUCGGAAAGCUAAAGGAUGAUGUGGUGGCUAUUUCACUCAUCAAAGGCAUGGAGGUCAAGAUGGAAGGUCCACACAUGAUUUCCACUCUCAUCUCUGAGCAGCUCAGGGUUAAUUGUUGUGUGCUGAUGGGAGCGAACAUUGCAAAUGAGAUUGCUGUCGAGAAGUUCAGUGAAGCAACAGUUGGACACAGAGAAAACAGAGAAGUUGCAGAAAAAUGGGUUCGGUUAUUUAGUACCCCUUAUUUCGUGGUCACACCUGUUCAAGAUGUGGAGGGAGUUGAACUGUGUGGGACUUUGAAGAAUGUUGUGGCUUUAGCAGCAGGUUUUGUGGACGGUCUGGAAAUGGGAAAUAACACGAAGGCUGCGAUAAUGAGAAUUGGUCUAAGGGAGAUGAGAGCCUUUUCCAAAUUACUGUUUUCCUCUGUUAAGGACAGCACAUUCUUUGAAAGCUGCGGUGUAGCUGAUCUCAUCACAACAUGCUUGGGAGGAAGAAACAGGAGAGUUGCAGAGGCUUUUGCUAAGAAUGGAGGAAAAAGGUCUUUUGAUGAGCUUGAAGCAGAGAUGUUGCAGGGCCAAAAGUUACAGGGUGUCUCAACUGCAAGAGAAGUUUAUGAAGUUUUAAGGCACCGUGGAUGGCUAGAGCUGUUUCCACUUUUUGCAACAGUACAUGAGAUCUCCGCUGGACGUCUUCCACCAUCAGCUAUAGUAGAAUAUAACGAGCACAAGCCUAACUGCUCCCUGGUAGAAGGCUCUGCUCAAUACUUUUAACUCUUUCUGAGCACGAGACUAAUGUAUUUUACUGUUUCAGGUGUAAAAGUUAUAGGUGCUUUACUCAAUUGUGCAUCAUGCACAGUACGAGAAGGCCAGGUGGAAUUUGAAGUUUGGUUUGCUAGUUCAUGCAAAAUUUGCAUUUUAUCACGACAAGAUGCUUUGCAGGGCUAAAUUGCUGCAUGGCAUGAAGUGUCAGUGUUCAAGUUGAAGGCUGUUAAAAUUAACACUUCUUCGAGAAGCUGAUGAUACAAGUAGAGUCGUUUUUACCCAUGAAUCCAGCAUUGAAAGUGUUUUCAUGUUUUGUUUAGUGGAUACCUAUAAUAUAUCCAAAUGUUUGAAGUACAAUAAAGGAGGUCUUUCGCUUA